AUGGAUCUCGAAAGAAUCAAACAGGAAUUUCGCCAUCGAUCAGGUCGAUCUAAGCAGCUCAAGAAAAAGAACAGAUUGCCAGUGGUCGCACCGACACCUGAACAACAGUCGCUACAUACCUCAUCUCUGUCACGCGACAGCCCUUCGACAUCGACUUCUUUGGAAGCGGCAGUAGAGGAGAAGGCGUCAGACCUAGGGAAGAACAAAGAGGUAUUCGCAUCCACGAACGGAGACUCCCGUGACACUGUAAAAGAAGAAACAGGAGAUAACGAGAAGAUCGAAGAUGCUCCUAGUACGCAGAGUGGUUCAUUACAGGAAAGACCGAGCUCGUCAGGUACGACAACAGCUCCAACCAGCGACCAAGCAACCGAAACCGGCUCGUUGCCAAACAAUGAGCAAGCACCUGUCGACACAACUCACAAAACCAACCAGUCACACAUGUCUACUGGUUCUCCAGGCAGCGAGGCUGACAGUUUCGAUUUAAACCCUCCAAAACCUCGCCCUAAGCCACCUUCCUUCGAGACGAUUGCUGAGCUCCUUUUUUCCUCAGGACAUCUCAAUGCGAUCCUCCACCACCCUCCUUCCCUCGCAAGGUUUUCCGCUUUCCUGCAGCGAUAUCUGCCUCAAGCAUAUGCCUUGCUGACCCAGUAUCUGGAAACCCAAAAGGCCAUAAAGGCUGUCGAGUACGCUAAUGCCGUUGCUGAAGGUCUGAAACCAGAGUCCACAACUAGUGGCACGUCAACCGAAGUGAGAGGACGAGCUGCUAGGCUCGAUGAAGAGUUCGAGAAAAUUUCUCAGGCUUCCUUCAACAAUCUCGUUGGUGAUGCUUUGCCGAUAUUCAUUUCAUAUUCACUUGUCAGAAUUGCCUCGGAGUGCCUCACGAAUGAAAUCGCCGGAAGAGCGACACCGAUUAUGAGCGAUUUGGUCGGAGGAUUGUCGGAAGUCUUCUGUUUGACUGACCCUAAACAAGAGGAUAACCCUAUCAUCUAUGCAAGCGAGGAGUUUUACAGAUUGACCAGAUAUGGACCGGAAGAGACUCUCAACAGUAAUUGCCGAUUUUUACAAGGCAGAAAAACCAAUCCCUCAUCUGUGAAACGGCUUAGGGCUGCUAUCGACAACGGGGAGGAGAUCACAGAAACAUUGCUGAACUAUAGAAGAGAUGGGAAACCUUUCAUCAACCUGCUUAUGGUUGCCCCACUUCACGAUAGAUACGGCAAGCUGAAAUACCACAUUGGAGCCCAAGUCGACGUUACGGGCUUGGUUGAAGGCGGACGUGGCUUGGAAGGCUUUCAACGAUACCUGCGUUCUAGAGACGAAGAUCAGGGUCAGAAGGAAACAGAACUAGAGCGAUUAGACCCCAACAACGAUCAGGAACGAAAGCAGAGAGCACUCAUGAAGCUGCGUGAGUUGAGUGAAAUGUUCGAUCUGGAAGAAUCAGCAGUUGUCCAAGCACAUAGUAGAGGGAAUUCCUUGGAUCGCGAUGACGAGGAUAGUAGAAGUAUAGGAAGCACCGACAGGAUAUCGAGGCGUGUCUAUAUCGACUCUGACGCUUCCGACGAUGACGAAGAGAGCGACGACCGAACAGUGGGAGAAGACAACAAUGAGUGGAAACUUGGUCAGGCAGGUGACGGCAGACUUUCGGGCAAGCUACCAGGAGUCUACGACUCGUUCAUGCUCCUCAGACCAGCGCCAUCACUGAGAAUUGUGUUCAUUUCACCGAAACUGUACAAGUAUAAGGAUGUACUCCAAACACCGUUUCUGUCGCACGUAUCAGCGCCAAAUGCUACGUUGUCAGGUUUGGUUGAGAGUCUAAAAACCGGUGUACCAGUGUCGGCGAAAAUCCAUUUUUCAACUGAACGAGGUGAAAACAGGUAUGGAACCACGUUGAGGAAUGGCAUAAAACAUGAGGACGGACAUCACGGCCGAGCAAUUUGGAUUUCAGCGACUCCUCUUAUCGGAGAAGAGGAUCAAAUAGGUGUCUGGAUGUGUGUUGUGUGUGAGAAGUCAAAAGUAAAAACAUUUAGAUCAGGAAGUCAGGGGCCGUCAAGAACACCUACACGAGGAACAAAUGACACUAUAGGUGCUCGAGGUAACUCCAGGAACAAGUACAACAGUGAUAUGCUUGGCGGAAGCGCUGAAAGUUCCGACACACGUCGUAAUUCACGUCUCAGGCAGAUAGACGAUGCAGAUAUACCUAUCAGACCCAUCAGAGUGGACAGUGGUACCAUUCUUAUCAGCUCGAAGACCGAGACAAAACCUCCUGCUGCAGACGCUGCCCCUGCAAAGACAUUGAACCCACAGAAAUCUGUCUAUUUCGAUACGAUACAAAACCAAGCAGCCCCUCACGAGGAGGUCGGGAUGCCUGAAAGAACCGAAAACAAAACGCAAGAUCGAGCCGAGCAUCACGAAACAGUAAACAACGACGACUCAGCUCCCCAGACUCCUGCAGGGAAGACAGUUUUUACACCUAUCGAAGAGUAUCAGGGAGCUGAAACAGACAGCAAAGCUUACGAUGUCCAAACUCCUAGUAUGGAUUCGCCUGCUGCUCACGAAGAUUCUGAAGAUGAGUAUGUCACAACACGCUCCCCACAAGCUCAACCCGUAGGACAAGGAGAUAACGAGAGAAUUGUGAUCGAAGAAGACAGUGAUGUAUUAGAAGAGAACGACUUUGGUUCUGAUAGUGUGAAACCGGAGAUAGCGUCUUCAGAAGCAGAGUCGAGGCAAGGAGAGGACCGGAGCAUAUCAGAAGAGAGACACCUGCCAGACGGGAGCCAAGUGGUAGGCGAGACGAAGGAGGACUUGCCAAUCUCAAGAGAACUACCUGAACACCAAGAACGAUCAGAAGAGCAGGAACUACUAUCCCCUACGAUAUCUUCACACCCCGAAAUCACGCCUUCGACAGCUUCGCAAACGCAUGCCGACGAUACCGAAGUCGACGACGCUAUAGUGGGAAGUCCAUCUGCAACUCGCAAAGACGUCGAUAAUACACCGGCAGAGCACGAAUCGAUGGAUAAGGAUACAGGAGAGCAAGCUCCUCCGAACGAACAUGAGCAGUUCAACUCUGACACACUCAGCGUCUCUUCCCGUGGAGGUUUGGAUGAGAGCACACUAAAAGUCCAAGAUGAGCAGACUGAUACCCUGAAUAGCCACGAGCACGAGCACGAGCACGAGCACGAGCACGAACUCGAACAAGAGAAAGACAGCAGCGCUCCAAGCGAUUCUCCUCUGGAUGAGAAGACCCAUUCGCGAUCAGACUCGCCGAAAGCCUCGUCAUCUGAACACGAAUCGACACCUCAGAAAUCGUCAAACAAGGGUGCUGCCGAUGCCUACGAUAUCGAUCGUGACGGAGUGGAAGCACAAGAGCACGAACAAGACAUUAAGAACUGGGUUAGGGACGCUCGACCGCCGUCCAGUCGUGCACGUGAUUAUGACAUAAAAGAAGACGAAGAUAUGAUUGACCAUCGAUCGAGUGCGACUGGCAUGCAGAUGGAUUAUCUUCGAGCUGGCAGCAAUCGAUGGUCCAAUGCACGGGCGCCUCGUCUGGGCCAACAGCGUAUCUCUCAAGCAAACAUGGGACUUGGUGGUGCUGUCGGAGAGAAAAAUGACAUUGACGAUUUGUGCGCCGAUACUCCAUAUUCCGUGGACUGA